AUGAAGAACUCGCACGCCAGAUUGGUCAAUUGGUGUGCAAUCACCGCCCGGUGUGCAAACGCUUUCAGAACCUCAACGGCAGUCAGUUUCUUGGAAGACAGCUUCUCGAGCAAUUGCGUGGCAGAAGACUCAGUGAUCUCGUGCUCGGCAGCAGAAAGAUGUUUGGUCUCAAACAGAAACUUCACGGUGUUGAAACUCUCGUCGUCCAAAGUGGAUGGGAUCUCCGAUUCAGGCAGCUUGUACUCCUCUGGAAGAGCAGAGGAAAGAGCUUUCUGGUACGAAGCGAUCUUUGGCUUCCAGGACUCAAAUAGUUCCGGGUUCGAAACGUCGUCGGUGAACUUAUAG